UCAUUAGUAUAAUGUUCACCUUGACGCAAACAAGAUCAUGGAAGAAUACGGCAAAGCGAAGAAACGAUAACGGACGGUCCCCCGCGUCGCUCCUCCAGGGGCGACACGGGCGGAAGCCCCAAAUCGCCGCUGCCGGCCACCCCUCCUCUCCGCCCUCCCUCCUCGCCACCGUCGGAGGACAUGGCCGGGCGAAGCCCGUCGCAUGGACGGCGGUGGCGGGGCUUACCCAUCUCGCGCCGGCGCGGGUGGCCCCCUGUGUGGGUGUGGCGGCCGUUCUUGUGACAGCCAUGUUGGCUGGUCUUGGCGUGUCGGCUGGUGCCGUCCGGCGUGGAUCCGGGGCUUCUCGGCCCGGAUCUAGCGUCUGCCGCGCUUUCGGCUGCGAGGGUGUUGGUGUUGGCGCUGUUGCGCGUGGAUCCGUGUUCGUGCGCACACGGCGGUCCGGCUCGGCGGGCUUUCAAGCUGCUGCGCGCGAGGAGUUGUCGGUGCUUGUUGCUGUGGGGUGCGGGUGGUGGUGCUGGGCUCGGCCUGGGCAGGGUCUUGCGGCGUGGCUGCGGCGGGCCGGCGGCUGGAGUACCCCGACGACCUCGCCGGCGACCUCCAGCAGGACGGCGCUCGUGCGGCUGUUUGGUGGGCCGCCCCGUUUGGUCCUAGUGGUGGCUGCAUCGGGCGGAUCUGGAGCUGGAGCUCGUGUGGCAGCUUCGGGUGGAUCUGGUGGUGGCAUCUUCGUGCGGCUGGAUCCGGAGCUUCGGGGUGGCAGCCCGUGCUCCGCGCCUAGUGAUUUUGGUCUGGUGGUGUGCGUCGCACCGGCUGCGGCUCUUCGUGGGAGGUGCUGCAACAGCAAGGUUCGAUCCCCCCGCCUUCAGUCUGCACUGCGGGCGCUUCAGAUCUGGCCUCCAGCAGGCGUGCGGUGGCGCGCGUGGGGCGCGUCGGCUCGUCUGAUGUAUGGCUGCAGCCCGGAACCAUGGUGGUUCUUGGCCUCGUGCAGCGCCCCUCUGCUCCUUGCCAGCAUGGUGCUUGGUGGGGCACGGUGGCUCGCGUUGCGUCCGGCCGGCCAUUGGUGCAUCUGGCGUCUAGUGUUGAUUUUGGCCGUCGGUGGUCUCCGCGAGGUGCGGCUGGCUGAGGCGGUUCGUCGUGCUUCUUCAUCGUUGGAGGGUUCGAUGGCGGUGGUGGUCGGCUGCCGUCUUGCUGUAGGGAUGUGCUCAAACUCCGGGGUGAGAACCCUGCAUCGGCUCUGCUGAUGCCGGCGGCAGCGGCGUCUACGGAUGUCGUUUUCCUUGUAGGAGGUGCCGUCGUGGAGCAACAACACCUACAGUUCUUUGUUUGUGGUCUCCGGGUAAAAACCCAAGAUCAGGCUUGCCGGAUCGGAUGACGGUGUUGUAUGCUCGACAACACUACCUUCUUGGAGGCGUCGUCUUGGAGACCCAAACAACGGCUUCUGUUGCUGUGUGUGGUUGUGGGUGGUGCGGCCUGCUCAGAACCGAGGGUGGUGUGUUCUUCUUUAGGUAUUCCUCUUCGGCUGUCCUACGUGUGGUCUCCGGCCUGCUAGUAUGCAAGCUCAUGACCCCGUUCUGUUGAGGCGAGCCUCGGGCUCUUGGUGUCGUCUUUGUUCACCUUUGCUCAAUGACGACGCAAUGACGCCUCCCCGACUUGCUAAUCGUCUUGAACUUCCGUGGUGGAGCGCUCAGUCAAGGUUCAUGUUAAGCUUUGGCACAAGGUUCGUGUUAAGCUUUGGCACUCGUUGAUUGUGGCUCCUCUGUUGUGCUGUGGGGUUUGAUACGCACGCCGGUGCGGUGCGUUAGGCUGUUUGUAGAGUCUUGGUAUUGUGAUCCCUCGACGCACCCCUCAUUUACCUGGUCCUGUUAGUAUGCUAGCUAGGUCUUGCCUUAUGUUGGGCGUCCUGUUCCUCUCCUUUCCUUAUAACACUUGUUACUUGUCUGGUUU